UCGAACUGCGCAGAGUUCAGCUCAGUCGAAGCUGGAGCAAGGAGAGGGCAGAAAGCGGAGAGCUCAGUUCGGCUUUAUUAUGUUCAGUUUGGUCAGUAAUUGCCCAUCAAAGCGACAGGACUCAUGGUGAAGAGAAAGAAGACGUCGCCCACAUCAGAAGAGCUUGAAAAUGGCAUGACACCGGGCUCCAGGGAGGGGAUCGGUGUCGAUGGGAGGCGGAAUCCGUCCAGAAAGCCUGAAGGUUGCGACGAGGAGGAGAGCGGAGAGGUGGCGAGCGAGGAGCGCAGUUCAAAGGGAGACGAGCGAGUGGAAACACUUAAUCCAUCAGCCACGGGUCUGGGCUCCGGUUUAUCCCCGGUUCUCCCUGGAUCCCCGCCGAACCGAACCGGGCAGGGUCCGAACCAGCAGCCCCACACCUCAACGGAACCCGUCCCUCCGUGUCAAGACCAGCAUCAUUUUCUACGGUCUAGCGUUCGACCUCCGAGCAAACGGAUACGGAAGGAUUCAGUCGGAUCAGCCAUCAACGGACACGGCGGAGCUAAAUCUAAAGGAGCAGAGAAUGGAUCUGCUUCUCAGGGGGUUGUGGGACCAUCUGUGGUCGGCUCCAUCGGAGGGGUGUCGAAGGCGUCCAAGGGGCAGGGGGCCACUGAGAAGGAGGAGCAAGCUGGAAACCAGAAGAGAGCCCGUCGGCAGUGGGAGUCCUGGAGCGCAGAGGACAAAAACAGCUUCUUCGAGGGGCUUUAUGAGCACGGGAAGGAUUUUGAGGCAAUCCAAAAUAACAUUGCUAUGAAGUAUAAGAAGAGAGGAAAGCCGGCAAACAUGGUGAAAAACAAGGAGCAGGUCCGACACUUUUACUACCGCACCUGGCACAAGAUCUCCAAACACAUCGACUUUGCCAGUGUUUACUCCCGUGUGUUGAAGAAAUCUUCUCAAGAACUCUACGGUCUGAUCUGCUACGCUGAGCUUCGCAAAAAAGUUGGAGGAUUGAUGGAUGAGAAGAACGUGGCUAAAUUAAAUGAACUCAUCCAGCAAGGGGCCACCACUGUGCGCUCCAAAGGCAGGAACCUGCGAAUCAAAGCUCCCAUGUGCCGUGCUCUGAAGAAACUCUGCGAUCCAGAUGGAGUGAGCGACGAAGAAGACCAGAAGCCGGUGCGUCUGCCGCUGAAGGUGGCGGUGGAGCUCCAGCCCCGCAGCAACCACUCCUGGGCCCGUGUUCAAAGCCUAGCUCACAAUCCUCGCCUCAGGAUGGUGGUGGAGCUCCACAGGAAAGUGUCCAGCCUGAUCGAGUAUCUGAGACAGAAGUGGGCUUACCAAGACCAGCGAAUCCUCAAGAGUCUGAUGGAGAGGGAGGCUCUAGAGGGCAGCCAGCCCGGCACCGCCUCUCCCAGCAAAGUUCAGCAGGAGGAGCUCUUCCUGUUCCCUGCUGAGAACAGCACCCUGACAACUCUGCCUGGUGUGGCACGAGUGGUUCACUCCAAGGCCUCCUGCACUGUACACUGGCUAGAGAGUGGCAAGAGCCGACCCAGUGCCAAGGAGCUGCCAGCAGCCCAGAUCCUGGGCAUCCACACGGCGGCGCCGCCUCGAGGAGGCAGCAGAUCUGGACGGGGAAGCUCCGCUGCAGCUAGCGCCUCUGUGGCUCUGUUGGCAGAUGCUCGUCGGACUGAGCCUUCUAAUUCUGAACCGUCACCUGAGAGUUCUGGGAAGGUAGAAGAGAAGAAACCUCAGUCGUUCAUUUCUAGUUCCUCUCAGCAGCCUCCCACAGAAGAGGGGACUGGUGUGGGAUGCUCAGAGACUGGCGUGGAGGCUGAUGGCUGCUCAGCAGCGUGCCGAAGCACAGAGAAGCUGUGUGGUGGUGCAGAGAGCUCGUCGGAGCCGUGUAAAGAGGAGCAGAACCAUGGGACCAUUUCUGCAGAUGCUAACCAGAUCCCUCCAGCACAACCUCCAGUUCCAGGCUCAGAGGAGGGCACGCCACAGGGCUCGGCAGCAAAGGAGCGCACUGUUGAACUCAUCAGAGAGGAGGGCUGGAGUGCCCGCGAGGGGGAGAACGUCACUCUGGCUGAGCUCUAUCUGAUGUUUGGGAAGCCGGGCAAACUGCUGCUAGAGUAUGAGUGGCAGCCCGCUGCUGUUCCCACCAGCAACACGGAAAACGGAGCAGCUGUGGUGCCGGCCAAGCCCAACAGGACCAACAGAGUUCUGCGCUGCCUGCUCAAGCUGGUUUCCACUGAGGCCAACCCCAAACCUUUGGCUCCUGAAAUGUGCUCCAUAGCCACAUCACCACUAAAGAGCCACCAGGAGGAGCAGAACCAGGCCCUGACUCCUCCAGGGAAGGGUACCAUCUCUGGAGUCCGCAGCCCCAGCUGUGGUCGGCAGCAGGCCUCUGUCCGAGGGGCCAGGAUGAACACGCCGAGCGCUGCUGUCUCAGGUGGGCGGAACCUCCCUCGGUCUCUGCUGGGUUCAGCUGCGAGCGGUGACGCAGAAGGCAGCGUGUUCGCAGUACCCACCACUCUACCGCCCAACAGCUCGCGGCACAACAGAAUGUUCUCCCCGAAUAAAGAAGCCCAGCUGGCCUUCAAACAGCAGCUGGACUCCAUCAGUAUGCAGUCCGAUCUUUUCUUCUCAAGACAGAGGAAACCUCGGAACAGACAGCUCCGAAAACCUCUCGUAGUUCAGCGAACUCUGCUGCCCAGGACGACCGGGGACACCCCUCAGCACGUCUGCUCCUUCUCCAUCCUCUCUAACUCCUCUGCUACAGGAACUGGAUCUUUCCGGCCCAUCCAGACUCGCCUGGCCCCCUCCUCGCGCCCUCCCAUCACCAAAACCUCCAGCUCUGCAGCAGCCAGCCAGCUCUCCAGUGCUAUUGACCUGGCAGCCAAGUCUGCAGGCAUCAUCCCAGGCAGUCCCUGUCAGGAGUCGGACCCCCCCAGUGUGGAUAACAGCCCUCUGCUGGCAGCAGCGCCCAUCGCUGAUGCUGAACCAGAACCCCAGCUCCUCCAGACAAAUUCCCCAGAGAACGGUCUCCCCCCACCGUCUCCUGGAGCAACCGAUGGUGGCGACUCCCUCCUCUCUCCCCCCAGUGUCGCCUCUCUUCUUGACAUCUCUCUGCCGGGCCCCCCUGAGGAGGCUCUGGCCCCUGGAGAACCUCAAACACAUAUCAGUGACUCACUAAUCGAGCUCGCCAUCAACUCAACACACUACGGUGAGGAGGCUGCUCUCUCUCCAGCUAAGCUGGGUAACGGUGACCCGUCCAAACUGCUGGCUUCAUUUCCCUCAGUCAGCCCAUCCGGAGGGUGGAUCCCGUCUCCCAGCCACGACCCUCAGUGGUACCCUAGCGACUCGUCCGACUCCACGCUGGGAUGCCUCCUCUCCAGCAUGGCGUCUCCUGAUAAGACCAGGCGCACCCCCUCUGGCCCCUCCAGUGGCACCGCUUUGCUUGGUCCAAGCCUCCUGGACUGCAAUUCCCAUGAUUCCUUUCAAUCCCGUGGCCUUCCUGAUGUAGCAGAAAUGGACUCUCAGCUUGCCUGCAUGAUGAGCGAGAGCAGCGUGGACUACAUUGCUCGCUUCAACGACCUGGCUCAGGAGCUGGCUGUGACCGAGCCCUCCAUCCCACCUCCCUGAGGAGCUCCGCUGAGCCACAGCCAUCAGGAGGAGACGCCGCUCCAUCCCUGCCCCGUUUGUAAACGUGCAAUAAUAACGGUGAACCUCAAGCCUCCUUCACUGAACUGUCCUACAAGUUAAAACGCUCUUUAAGAACACUUUAGAUAAACAAAACCUCAUAGACUUAACUAAUGCUAUGCCAUAUCUGAACAAAAUACUGUGGCCCGACUUUUCUGUCUUGUCCGUUUCCACGUUCCUGUUUCACAUCAACCCCCAUCUCACCUGGAGUGUGACUGAUUUAUUUUUAGUGUUUUUUAACGAACGACCGUCGGGAGGAGGUUGGAUGUGGUCGGGUUCUCCCUCUAAUGGAGCUGCAGACGUGGAAACAGGAGUAGAGAUCGUCUGUUCCGGUGCUCCUCGUCUCCUUCCUUUGGUUGCUUUUAAACUCUGGCUGAACUUUUUCAGAGCCGUGUACAGAAUAACUUUAGAUUUUUUUAUUAGGCUGUCCCUGCCACGGAAGUUUGAGGUGAAAGUUUGUUUUCCCUCAGUCUGUUAAAACAGCAGCACAGUUAAAUCUAAACAAAUACUAAACACUCGUCGCUGCUUUUUAAAUUUACACAAAUUGUGUUGCUCAAAGAUUUAUUUCUGUUUUUCAGCGAAUCAUCGUUUGUUAUUGAUCAGAUUCGAUGCAGGUUUUUGGGACAUUACUUUUCUAACAAUAAUUAAAUGUAAUGGAUCUGAUUUGCACCGUCCCUGUAUGAAGUGGGUAAUAAAACAGCUGGUUUUAUUGUAAGGAAGGUCAGAAGAAUGUAACAGGAUCAAAAACUAAAGCCAUAGUUGCUGAAUUUGUUUUCCUUUUUUAACGAGUAUCUUCGAUUCCCUUUUGACUAAAUGUGGUGGAACACUAGCUCAGCCUUUAGCGUUGCUCACACCCGAUAAGCUCACAGAUAAAUGAGGAUUUUGUUACUUUUGCAGGCAGAUAGGACACACGUCCUCUUUUCUGUUGCUUCCAUGAUUUAAAUAAAUCCAGCAUCACCAGUUAGCUUCAUUGAAAACAUCUUAUUAGUGAGGGCGUGAGCAGCUCUUCUCGUCAUUCCACAACUUUGUUCCUUUCAAACACCCUUUGAGGCUGUGAAAUGUGAAAGCUCUGGUUGUUUUUCGUCAUCAGUAAGAGGCGUCCACCUGGGGACGAGACUCUGCAUGAGGAGUGAACCACAGCUUUUGUCUUAAAGCUGGAAAAUUUCCUUUUUGCUUUUCUUGAAGGAUUUAUUUGUAAAAAUGCCAAUUCACCAUGCUUUUGUAAGAUAGUGUAAAUGGAUAUUUGAACUAUUUAUUAACAUUUCUUUUAAGAGAAAACGUGUUUUCUGUUUAACUUAAAACUGAGGCUAAAAUGGAAGAAACAGUUUUUGGUUUGUAAAAAAAAGUUUUUAUUCAGUGUAUAAAGAUCGUUAUAAGCUGG